CUGUAAUAUAUAAAUGUGUCAUUUGAACAGAGAAAACUUCAUCAGACAUCAUAUAUUUAUUCAACCGAUCACAACGAGAUCUAACAUUCAAGCAAUUAUCAAGUGAGCUAUUACCAAAAAGAAUAAUUUUUCAAUAUGGGUGACUUUGUGAAAGGCAAUAUUUUAAAGAGAAAGGAGAAGCCAUUCUCCUUUACGGACUCUCACAUUCCACUGUUGGGUGAGAGCUCGACCAAAAUAGAAUAUCUUGAAGACGGUUCUGAGCUGAAAUAUGAUGCGGUCAGCGCGGAGCAACUCUUCCAGGUCUUGGAAAUGCAGAGUGGAAGCUCCACAGCCGUCAACGUAAUGGAAAAACUUUUGCCGAAACAAAAUCCAAAAUCAGGAAGGCCCGAGAUCAUAAAUAGUUUACUUUUACGUCCCGACAGCAUUAAGAAAAUCUCCAAGACCGAGUUGGUUGAGCAAAUAAACAGCUCUAAUCGAAGACCCAAAAUAGUUCCAUACAAAAUAGUGAAAAACAAGGAUUCUUUUGGAAAGCACAGGUCGCCAAGUCGUCAGUCAACGACGAGAAAGCAGAAAAAACAACAAUGCGAAGACGAUUUCGAUGAAAUCCCGGAUCCUGGGCAACUUUCCUAUAAGAGUGGUGAGCUAACUUCAAUGAUAGCCCAGAAAAAUCAUAUGGAGGAAGCGAUUCAAAGUGAGAGAGACCCUGAAGGCGGAAGAAAAAAAUGUGAACGUGAUUCAAUUGAAAAUAACCCUCCUCAAAAGCCAAAUGCAGCUACAUGCAGAGCACAAGGAAGUCGUCGAACUCUCAAAAAGCCAAGAAAAUAUCUAAGGUCUAAGGAAUAUUUGAAUGAAAACACAGAUCCCGGUCAGCUUCCUGAUAAGGUUAGCGAAUCAACUUUAAGGAUGAAAGACGAUUCCAAGAAGGAAGUAAAUCAUAAAUAUGAGUUUUUCGAAAUAAAAGUGUCUCCUCGAAGGCCAUUAAAUGUAACAUACAACGUUGCCAGAAGUCGUGAUAUCUUUGGCAAGUCCAAGUCACCAAAUCGUCAGAUUCCCAGAAAGCAAAAAAAAACUCUGAGAGUAGACUAUUUGAAUGACAUUCCAGAUGCUGGAAAGCUUCCAUAUAAGACUGGUAAGCCCACUUCAAGAAUAACCCCUAAUAAUUACAUGGAAGGAUCGAGGGACUUGGACGGUGAUAGUACAAAAUUGGAAUAUUACGAUUGUAUUGAAAUCAGAGACUCUCCCUUAACGCCUAACGGAGCUAAGAACAUAGUACCGGAUUGUAAGGAUUUGGUUGUCAAGACAGAAUCUGAUGAUUCGAUCGAACUGAACAGAUAUAUAAGUGUGGAAAGAGUCGAAAAACAUCAGGAUGACCCAAAUAGAACUCGAACUUUGUACAGAUGGCCAGCAAACAUGAGGGCACCUGUCUCAACUGACAAGUUGAGCCAGCAGGUCUAUGCCUUUGUGCGCCACGCAAUGCAAGAAAUCGCUGACAAUUCCAAUCCCAUAAAUGCUCCGAGAGUUGCGCCCGUGCUGCCAAAUAUUGCCAAGUGUUUGAAGAAGCCCAUCGAUAAAUUUCCCAUAACCAUAAGCGAUGAAAGGAUUGCGGCCGCCCCCAAAAUGGCUGAAAUUAUUCCGGCUCCCCCAAAAGGACGAAGUAUUAUUUUCGAUUUGGACGAAUACGUUUUCCCCAGACAGGAGGACUUGAACAGGAUGAACCUCCAUCAUUUUGGCCGUCCAUCCGGGGAUGAGAACUUGAGUGAGGAGCUGAGGAAGCGUACUCUAUUGUUGAUUAAUUAUGCCCAGGAGUUGCUCAACGAGUUUGAUCGGAGGCAAGUGGAAAAUGAGAAAUACUGGGCACAGCGAUCCAAUGAAGAAUCCAAUCUGGUCAGCUAUUUGGAUCCGGCCCCCUCCCUGAAGUGGUACACACUCAUUUUACGCGGAGCAUUCUGUUUAGUGUUUGGAUUUGCCGCAGCUCUUGCAUAUUAUGUGCUUUCUACCUACUAUAGUCCCAAGCCUCCUCCGACCUUUUGGGAGCGCAUUCUGAUGAUUUUCAGAAAUAUCUAUAACGAAUUAUUAUUUCGUUGAUUAAUAGUUUCCAAAUUUAAUACAAAAAUUAAAAGUUAUUGCUUGCUGUUGAAUAAAUUGUUGAAAUAAA